CUUGAGGAUGUGCUGGUGCUUGUUGACGUGCUUGAGGAUGUGCUGGUGCUUGUUGACGUGCUUGAGGAUGUGCUGGUGCUUGUCGACGUGCUUGAGGAUGUGCUGGUGCUGGUUGACGUGCUUGAGGAUGUGCUGGUGCUUGUUGACGUGCUGGAGGAUGUGCUGGUGCUUGUUGACGUGCUUGAGGAUGUGCUGGUGCUUGUUGUUGUGCUUGUUCUGCUUGUGCUUGAUGUUAUCGAGAAACUGGAGGAGGUGGAUGUGAUGGUUGCUGUUGCGGAUGUGCUCGUGCUUGUUGCCGUGCUGGAGGAUGUGAUGGACGUUGUGCUUGUGCUUGUUCUGCUUGUGCUUGAUGUUGUGGAGAAACUGGAGGUUGUGCUUGUUCUGCUUGUGCUUGAUGUUAUCGAGAAACUGGAGGAGGUGGAUGUGAUG